AUGCUAAUUUUUGAAAGAAAUUUAAUAAAACAUAUAGAAAUGAUCUUCCUCGCAUAUGAUGGUGGUUUCGGUUGUAUAGAUAAAUUGCCGAAUAAGUUAUAAAACUAUUUAUUUUUGCCUUGUAAGAAAAAAUAAUCAUCAUAUUUAUAAAGAACAGCAAAUAAGUAAUAAAAGCCCUAACAUUAAAUUUGA